AUGGCUCUUACCGAGAAACCGCGCGUGUGGCUCAUCACGGGCGCAUCCUCUGGGCUUGGCCUCGAGUUGGCAAAGGUCGCGGUAAGCCACGGCGACCUUGUUAUUGCUGCCUCGCGCAAUCCCGACAAGGUGAAGGAGCUGGCGGGCAAGAAAGGGGUGCAAGUGGCACGCCUUGAUCACAACGAGCCACUGGAUCAAAUCCAGAGCGCCGUGCGCAACAUCAUCGCAAUCCACGGCACGAUUGAUGUCGUCGUCAACAAUGCCGCCUAUGUGCAAACGGGCACCGUGGAGGAGACGUCGCCCGAAGAGACUCUACGGCAGUUUCAGGCCAAUCUCUUUGGGCCAGCCAAUCUCUACCGUGCAGUCCUGCCGUACCUGCGAGCAAAGGGCCAUGGCACUCUUGUCACCGUUGGCUCCAUGGCCGCCUGGUACCCCAUGGAGUCGUGCAACAUGUACAACGCUUCCAAAGCCGCCGUACGCAGUAUGAUGUUGGGUCUUGCUGAUGAGGUCGCGGCGUUCGGGAUCAAGCACUGUCUGGUUGAGCCAGGUUUCUUUCGCACUGGUCUCUUGAAGCCAGGCGGAAAUUUCGCAGGGACGGCUCCGGCACACCGACUCGACGAGUACGCUGAACUUAAUGCUUCCGCUGAGAAGGCAUUUGAAGGAUUUCACGGAAACCAGCUGGGAAACCCUAUUAAGGGCGCCGAAGUCAUCUACGACGUCGUCACCUCGUCUGGGUGUGCAGCGGGACGCUCACUUCCAACUUUCCUACCCGUUGGCAGCGACGCAUCCACUGAGAUCAUUAAAGCGGCCUACGAGCUAAUUAACGGUGUUGAAGAGUGGCGAAGUAUUAGUGUUUUGAGUGACUUUGUGAAAAAUGAAUAA